UGUGUAUUGCAUGUAGAUACAAGGCGGCGUCCACGCCAAAGGGAGAAGAUGCCCUAUUUCGCAGACGAGCUGCGGGAACGGGAUCGGGUGCGCAAUCUGCGCAAGCUGAAAACAACACAGAAACGCACACCAACACCACCGCCCAGAGAGCGCCGCUCACGCCAUGCACGUACGCGUUCCCGCUCCAGAACCCAUUCGGCGGAGCAGAGCCGCUGCCAGCGACGGCGUUCCAGAAGCUAUGUGCGUCAUCGCAGCGGCAGCCGCCAUCAGACCUCAUCCAGCUGCUCGCGUCGCCGGCAUAGUCGCAGUCGCAGUCGCAGCCGGAGUCGCUCACGAACGCCACGAAUUAUAACGGUGCCGGUGCCAGUGCCUGCGGCGGAGUAUUCUUCGUAUGCCUACGGCUGGCCGCCGCCGCCGCCGCGUCCACACUUUAGUGCCAUGUAUGGCGCGCUGCCGUUUGGCAUGCAGCCGCGUCCUUUGCCUCCAUACUUUGCGCCCUAUGCGCGAGCUCCGACGUUUCGAUACCGUGCCGGGCCGUUCCGUCCGCAUCCGCGCUAUAGCUAUAGGAAUGAUCGGCAGGCGCCGAAUUGAGUUUUUAAACAUUACAUAAUUA